UCAUAUGGGGAAAUAACACUCAGAUGUUGUAGAAGUAUAUGUUUGAAUGAUAAAAAUGCUUUUAAUUGAUCAAUUAAUCAAUGAAUGGUAUUUAUUGAGCCCUUAUUGUGUGCAGAGCAUUGUAGUAAGUUCUUGGCCUCCCCGGAGGCCUUUGGAGCCAGGGGAGCUCAAGACUCCAGAAGCCUGAGAAGCCUCCACCCUUCAGAUGGAGGUCUCUUUCCCCGUGGCGGUGGGGUGUUGGGGGACAAGGUGGCAGUGAGGACUGAAAGGAAGGGAUGACCGAUCCCCUCGGCCCUCCAGGCUGAGCAAGGGAUUGGUCUGGGGAUGUCUCCACGGAAGGCCUUUUUAACCGCCGUUAAUGCGGGUGGACAAGUUGCGGUCGGCUCAAGGGCCGGUCCAGUGGGGUUGGGGAGACAGACAGUUGUGAGCUUUGGGGUUCCCAGGGGUCCCAGGGUGUCUGCCCAGGGUGAAGCUGCCCGGGGCUAGCCUUUAUCCGACUCACCAACCCAGGAGGGACUCAAUCUCUGAAAUAGGGAAGAAGGGAAAUUCUUGUGGGGAAAUGGAAAGAGGUGAGUUUCCCCCUUUUUUAUGGUAUUUGUUAAACGUUUAUUAUCUUCCAGGCACUGUAUAAGUGCUGGUCUUUGGCCAAUCCUGUCCAACCUCUGUGUGUGGGUGGGGUCUGCCAGCUCUUGCUCCAUUUCCCCUUUGGGUACAGCCCCAAAGACAGGAAACUGUGACUGCUGGGUUAUCCGGCCCCUCGUGCCUCCUUAUGAAAGUGGGGGAAUUCAGCCCUGGGCUCCUGACACCCGGCUGGCCACGCAGGACCCCUCGGAGAGCAGAGCCUGGGGCUGGAGACCAGCACUGUCCAGUACCUUGGAGGAGAAAGACUGGGAGCCAGAGCCAGAGACCCACUGGAAACGACAAAGGAAGACCGAGAGAGAGGCACCGAUAGACAACAGGCAGGCAGACGGGCAGACAGAUAGACUCUAUCUUUGGCAGCCAGGAUGAGCCCACCCAAGGGAGCUGGACCACAAAACCGGAAUUUCAAUGGACAUUUUCCUUCCCGACUCUCCGGACUCCUAGGCCGAGGUUGCUGUUGCCCCCCGUGGAGCCCAUGGGCCGCCGCCACGGUCCCCGUCCUGCUGCUCAGCGCCUGCUUCAUCGCCAGGUGCCUUGUGACUCAACGUGCCUUCUCCCAGUUCUGCGAGGAAGAAGGCACCCUUCUGCGACUGAACGACUUCUUCUCAGAAAUUUCCUGCUACAGCUCUGGGUCAGGGUCCAUCCGAGAUUGCUGCCCCAGGGGCUGGAAGCACUUCCAGUCCCACUGCUACUUCUUCUCUUCGGACACCUUGACCUGGUCAUCCAGCCGGCUCAACUGCACCGGGAUGGGCGCCCAGCUGGUGGUCAUCAACUCGCAGGAGGAGCAGGAAUUCAUUUUCCAAUCAAAGCCUAGAAGGAGAGAAUUCUUCCUGGGCUUGACAGACAAGCAUGUCGAAGGAAAAUGGACAUGGGUGGACGGCACGCCCUAUGACCCAUCUCGGAGCUUCUGGGACUUGGGGGAACCCAACAACAUCGUGGGAGUUGAAGAUUGUGCCACCACAAGAGACUCUCCCAAUGCCAAGGAGACCUGGAAUGACGUGACUUGUUUCUCCUUCCACUACAGAAUCUGUGAGAUGCCAGCCCAGACGCUUUCUGCAGGGAAAAAGGGAAUGUGAGCGACCUGGGAGGGAUGGGGGUGUGGGGCCGGCAGACAGGUAGACAGAUUGUUCUUUCCUCAGGAAUCUGAGUUCUUCCCUUCCCUUCUUCCCUCCCUAUGUUCUGGUCAGGGCUGAGUGCAUGUCAUGAACAUUUGGGUACCUGGGAAAACUUAACAAUAAUAAUAAUUAUUAUUAUUAUGGUACUUCUUAAGCACUUACUAUCUGCCAAACA